CGCCCAGUUACGUGACGAUACUAGCUGAUAGUCUGAUUCUGGCAGUGCACAUAGCUUGUCUCUUGUCUGUUUCCCUGUCUCUAGGCGCACCUCAGACCCCAUGGCUCCCACAGUGGUGAAAACCGGCGCGGCAUCUUCACGCAAGGGAGUAUUGAAAGUAACAAAGGCGGGGAGACCAUUUCUCCGAAGCUUGCUUAACAUCUAUGCAACUUUCGCUCUUGCCCUCCCUCUGCAUACCACAUACCGCUGGUUCACGAAGUACAACAAUGCAUUCGUAUUCGAUGAGGCCAUGCGUAUACUCGCAGAUCUCAAAGUCUCGCAACGCUUACCCGGCCCUCAAGCCCCUGCAGAAUCCGGUGUGGCAGCAGCAAAAACCGUCGCGUACAGUUUCGCGCCAGAUGCAGCGCGGCGGCUGUGCGAGCUCUUUAUGGCCGCACGGCUUGUUGAAGCUGUCACGGACCCGCAAUCGCGCACAUUCGUGCGGAGCAGCGUUUACACCCUCACGCCCAAGGGUCUGCAUGUCGUCGAGCAAUUCGCCGCCAGAAGUGGUGGUGAGUCCUUCUCGGUCAAGCAUAACUUCACUGCAGAUGGCAGUAAAGGAAGCGGAGAGCCUGCUGUUGUCCGACUUCUUGCUGUGCAACCCGUGUGUACAACGCUCCUGCACCUCGUGCGUCGGUGGGACGACGACGAAGUCGUCAUAUCUGCGACGGUCGUUCGGGCUGCCUUUCGGCAGCUUGCGGGACGUACCUCAAACCGCGCUUCCCAGGCUUCUUCAACGGAUGCUGUCGGAAAAUACAAUCAAUAUUCUGCAGGCGUCCCUCUGGUCGACAGUGCAGGGACGACGCCGGACGUCUGCUUCAAGGCGCCGGACGCUGUGAACUGGCUUCUCGACCUGACGUCUCUUUUGAGUGUGGACGAGGCCGGAAAUAUGCUCGCGCACUGCGUGCGCCUUGGCUUGGUCGAGGUUAUCCGCAAUGGCAGACGCAGGGGCGCGAAGGUGUACACUGCGCAAGGAGUGGGCGAUGAUGACACGGACUCUGCGGCGCAGGUGAGCGGAGAGUUCCGUUUGAGCGCGACCGCUGUAUACCGGGUGACGGAGGAGGGCCGGCGAGCUGCUGGCUGGGGCAACCUUACUCACAUCCCAGGACAAUCAGAGACAUGCGCGGCAAAUUUCAUCUCCAAGAAGUCAGGCAUCCCAUUGCUUGCAUCGAGCUAUUCGACACCGUCUGCGCUGCCACACUCAGAUGAAGAAAGACAUGGAGGAGUGUAUGUGACGAGGAGGGAGACGUGUAUGGAUAGCUGAGGAUAUGGCUGCCAUACCUCGGUUCGAUAUUUAUGUUUGCU